AACUGCAAGCGAGCACAGAACGAGGCAAGAGCACGCGGGUAAAACAUCCUCACAGGACCGCGAAAAAACGUUAUUUAGCGGCGUUGACCAAACGUAUAGAGCCUGUUGGGAAUGUAAUGUGGAUUAUUCCGGUUUGGGAUAUUUUUUACGAAAACUGAGCUAUUGUGCGCUAGACAGGGCAGAGUAACCCUAUGGACUACAUUACCCACAAGGCAUCAUGCAGUCUGUGCUGGUUUCCCUAAAUACAGAAAGAGUCCGACCUGGAGGACCUGUCUGGACGAUUGAGGUCUGAGGAGAUACCAGAAGAAAACAACACCUCAGCAGACACACCACACCUCAUCUGCUCGUUUCUCAAGUCGAUCCAUUCCAGGAAACGUGGAAGAAGUACUUUUAUUGUCGCCUGACAGAGAUUGGAUUGUUGUGCAAUGUCAUUGGCCUUAUGACUGUUAUUUAAGACUGUUCUCCUCCUAACUCCCUCUCCUCUUUUAGGAUAUUUUUUGUUUGUCGCUGCGUUGACGAUCUCACCUCUUCUCUGGUAUCUCUGGGCAUAUACUGUUGGAUGUACUUUGGAUAUACUGACCUUUGAACCAAAGCUAAUUCAAUGAUUUCCUUCUGUUCAGGAUAAUAACCCCAAAUCUCCAGCACUUUUACAAUGAAUUUCUUCAGAUUCCCAGUCCAGUUGCAGCUGCUGAUCAGUACUGUUCUUGGUCCCUGCUUGGGCCUGGAGUUUACAGGGUCGCAAGGCCAAUGGGCACGCUAUCUCCGCUGGGAUGCCAGCACCAGAAGUGACCUCAGCUUCCAGUUCAAAACAGACGUGCCCACUGCCUUAAUCCUGUACUUUGACGAUGGCGGCUUCUGCGACUUCCUGCAACUCAUGGUGGUCGAAGGGAAGCUCCAGUUGCAGUUCAGCAUUGAUUGCGCCGAGACCACAGUUGUAUUGGACAAGCAAGUCAAUGACAGCAGCUGGCAUUCUGCCACCCUGAGCAGGUACAAUCUGAGAACUGUGCUGGUUCUGGAUGGAGUGAGCAAAUCGAGCGAGGUGCGGCCACAGAGGCAGUACAUGAAGAUUGUUAGUGACCUCUUCCUGGGUGGAGUCCCUCAAGAUAUUCGUAUUUCUGUGCUCACUCUCCCGACAGUGAAGGAUCUUCCAGCGUUUAAGGGAAUUAUCAGGGAACUGAAGUACAAUAACAAGGAACCUAUUCUACUAAGUAGCCAGAGGGUUCGCAUGGACAUAGAGGGGAUCUGCAUGGAGAACCCAUGCGAGAAUGGAGGAACGUGCUCUGUUGUGGAUGGGGAACCACUUUGUGAUUGUUCUAAGACGGAAUAUGUGGGCCGAUUCUGCAAUGAAGAGGCCAACAGCAUCCCAGGAUUUGCACACAUGAUGGCAGAUCAAGCCAAGGGCAAAGCACGAGAAGAGAACGUGGCCACUUUCCGAGGUUCUGAGUACUUCUGCUACGACUUGUCUCAGAAUCCCAUCCAGAGCAGCAGCGAUGAGAUCACAUUGUCCUUCAAGACCUGGCAAAGAAAUGGCCUUAUCCUACACACCGGCAAGUCAGCAGACUAUGUCAACCUGGCCCUGAAAGAUGGGGCCGUUUCAUUGGUCAUCAACUUGGGUUCCGGAGCCUUCGAGGCCAUUGUCGAGCCUGUCAAUGGCAAGUUCAACGACAACGCCUGGCAUGACGUGAAGGUCACACGCAACCUCAGACAGCAUUCAGGUAUUGGACACGCUAUGGUAAACAAACUACAUUGUCUGGUGACAAUAUCCGUGGACGGCAUCCUGACCACAACAGGCUAUACACAGGAGGACUACACAAUGCUGGGAUCAGAUGAUUUCUUCUACGUCGGAGGAAGUCCAAGCACAGCAGACUUACCUGGGUCUCCUGUCAGCAACAACUUUAUGGGUUGCCUGAAAGAGGUUGUUUACAAAAACAAUGACAUCCGGCUAGAACUCUCCCGGCUCGCCCGCAUUGUGGAUCCCAAAAUGAAGAUUCAGGGAGAUGUGGUGUUCAAGUGCGAGAACGUGGCCACUCUGGACCCCAUCUCAUUCGAGACGCCCGAGUCCUACAUCAGCCUACCCAAGUGGAACACCAAACGCAUGGGCUCCAUCUCCUUCGACUUCCGUACCACCGAACCAAACGGCCUUAUUCUCUUCACCCACGGGAAGCCGCAGGAAAGAAAGGACGCCCGUAGCCAGAAGAAAACAAAAGUGGACUUUUUUGCAGUUGAGCUUCUGGAUGGAAGCAUGUACCUGCUGCUGGACAUGGGCUCUGGGACUAUCAAAGUGAAAGCCACACAGAACAAGGUGAACGACGGGGCCUGGUAUCAUGUGGACAUCCAACGAGACGGGAGAUCAGGUCACCGGGCCGGCCUUAUCCUUCCCACUGAAUUAUGGACUGCCAUGCUAUACUACGGCUAUGUGGGAUGCAUUCGGGACCUGUUCAUUGACGGUCGCAGUAAGGACAUCAGGCAAAUCGCUGAGGCCCAGAACGGUGCAGGUAUCAAACCUUCCUGCAACAAGAUGCCAGGCAAACAGUGCGACAGCUAUCCGUGCAAGAACAAAGGCGUGUGCAAAGAAGGAUGGAAUCGCUUUAUCUGCGACUGCACAGGCACUGGUUACUGGUCUCGCACGUGUGAGAGGGAGGCAUCCAUCUUGAGCUAUGACGGGAGCAUGUAUAUGAAAGUGGUGAUGCCUACCGUGAUGCACACUGAAGCGGAGGACGUGUCCCUUCGCUUCAUGUCUCAGCGGGCAUACGGCCUGCUCAUGGCCACCACCUCACGUGACUCCGCCGAUACUCUUCGGCUAGAGCUGGAUGGCAGUCGCGUCAAACUCACGGUCAACUUAGACUGUAUCAGGAUAAACUGUAACUCCAGCAAAGGACCAGAAACACUGUAUGCCGGACAAAAACUCAAUGAUAAUGAAUGGCAUACUGUGCGCGUGAUCCGGAGGGGCAAAAGCUACAAGCUAAUGGUUGACGAUGACGUAGCAGAAGGUCAGAUGGUGGGCGAUCACACCCGGUUAGAGUUUCACAACAUUGAGACGGGCGUGAUGACCGAGCGCCGUUUCGUCUCCAUGAUCCCCUCCAGUUUCAUCGGUCACCUGCAGAGCCUCAAGUUCAAUGGCAUGCUCUACAUCGACCUGUGCAAGAACGGCGAUAUCGACUACUGCGAGCUCAACGCUCGCUUUGGCAUGCGCUCUAUCAUCGCAGACCCCGUGACGUUCAAGUCAAAGAGCAGUUACCUGAGUCUAGCGACCUUGCAGGCUUACACAUCCAUGCACCUUUUCUUCCAGUUCAAGACAACCUCUCCAGAUGGAUUCAUCCUCUUCAACAGUGGGGAUGGAAGCGAUUUCAUCGCUGUAGAGCUGGUGAAAGGGUACAUACAUUAUGUGUUUGAUCUUGGCAACGGGCCCAAUGUAAUCAAGGGCAACAGUGACCGAGCUCUCCAUGACAACCAGUGGCAUAACGUUGUCAUCACUAGAGACAACAGUAACGUCCACACGCUCAAAGUCGAUGCCAAGGCAGUGAGUCAAGGCAUCAAUGGCGCUAAAAAUCUGGACCUUAAAGGUGACCUCUACAUCGCCGGAUUGGGGCCCAACAUGUAUAACAACCUGCCGAAACUUGUGGCCUCUAGGGACGGUUUUAAGGGUUGCCUGGCAUCUGUGGACCUGAAUGGACGCCUUCCCGACCUCAUAAACGAUGCCGUGUUCCGCAGCGGUCAGAUCGAGCGAGGAUGUGAAGUUGGUUUCACCAAAGCAGAUCUACAAGGUCCUAGCACUACAUGCCAAGAAGACUCCUGUGCCAACAUGGGCAUCUGCAUCCAGCAAUGGGAGAACUACACCUGCGACUGCUCAAUGACCUCCUACACGGGGACACAGUGUAAUGACCCUGGAACAACGUAUAUCUUUGGAAAAGGUGGAGGCCUCAUAACCUUUAACUGGCCGGCCAACGAGCGCCCGAGCACCCGUACGGACAGGCUGACAGUGGGCUUUAGCACCUCACUCAAGGAUGGCAUCCUGAUCCGCAUCGACAGUGCCCCCGGCCUGGGAGACUACCUCAUGCUCCACAUUGAACAAGGCAAAAUUGGAGUCACAUUCAACAUCGGAACGUCUGACAUCACUGUUCAGGAGAGCAGCACCGCUGUAAAUGACGGCAAGUACCAUGUAGUUCGCUUCACCCGAAAUGGGGGCAAUGCUACACUUCAGGUGGACAACUGGGCCAUCAAUGAGCACUUCCCCUCAGGUAAGACCUCUCACCGACCGCUUCAACCUUUGGCUUAUUACAUCAAGAAGAUGUAUGGACAAUGCACAGAACUGGACAGCAACUGCUUUCAAGCUAUUUCUAAAGAGAGCAGCACCGCUGUAAAUGACGGCAAGUACCAUGUAGUUCGCUUCACCCGAAAUGGGGGCAAUGCUACACUUCAGGUGGACAACUGGGCCAUCAAUGAGCACUUCCCCUCAGGGCGGCAGUUAACGAUAUUCAACACCCAGGCCACUAUAACAAUUGGUGGUUCAGACCGCAAGAGGCCAUUUCAGGGCCAACUAUCCGGUCUCUACUACAACGGCCUCAAAGUGCUCAACAUGGCUGCUCAGGGAAACCCUAACAUCAAAAUCAACGGCAGUGUCCGCCUGGUGGGGGAGGUUCCCUCCGCAGGUUCAGCCAGAACCACGGCCCUCCCUCCAGAGAUGUCCACCACCUUUAUCGAGACCACCACCACCAUGUCCACCACUACCACGAGAAAACACCGCACUCCACCCACAAUACAGACCACGGAUGACAUGGUCUCUUCGGCUGAAUGCUCCAGUGACGACGAGGACUUUGCUGAGUGCGAAGGACAUGCAGGUGGGCUAGGAGGCGAAUUAGUUUUCCCAGUAUUUGUAAAGGAUCCCUUAGAGAUCCCCUCUGUAGCCACUCGUACACCCUCCAUCCCCUUUCCCCCAACCCUCCGCCCCCACCUCACCAUUAUUGAGACCACCAAAGAGUCCCUGUCCAUGGCCACUGAGGCGGGGGUACCUUGCUUGUCGGACCGAGGCAGCGAUGAUUGUGAUGAUGAUGAUGGCUUGAUGAUAUCUGGGUAUGGCUCUGGGGAAGCAUACGACUCUAACCUGCCCCCUACUGAUGAUGAAGAUUUUUACACCACCUUCUCCUUGGUAACAGAUAAGACCUUGUCUUCGUCGACCUUUGAAGGUGGCUACAAAGCUCACGCGCCUAAGUGGGGAUCCAAGGACUUUAGACCUAACAAAGUCUCCGAUUCUGGUAGGACUACUACCACGUCUUUUUCCCCCAAGCUGAGCCGCUCCACAACCACGUCCACGCCACCCAAACUGCCCGCGGGCAAAAUGAAUCACAGGGAGCUAAAGCCCCAGCCCGACAUAGUCUUGCUUCCAUUGCCCACUUCCUAUGAGGUAGGCAACACAAAGCUGAAGAGCCCAUUAAUAACCUCCCCCAUGUUCCGUAAUGUACCCACAGCAAUCCCCACGGAGCCGGGCAUCAGGCGGGUUCCGGGGGCCUCCGAGGUGGUCCGUGAAUCUAGCAGCACCACCGGAAUGGUCGUCGGGAUAGUUGCCGCAGCCGCUUUGUGCAUCCUAAUUCUGCUGUACGCCAUGUAUAAGUACAGAAACAGGGACGAGGGAUCCUACCAAGUGGACGAGACCAGAAAUUACAUAACCAACUCGGCGCAGAGCAAUGGAGCAGUCAUGAAGGACAAACAGCAGAGCGUGAAAAGCAGCAACAAGAAACAGAAAAACAAGGACAAGGAGUACUACGUGUGAGAAUGUCGCCCGUCGCUUUGACAGAACUUUGAGCUGUUGGGCGCUGCGCCGAGAGAGGGCGACAGGAGCCGAACCCAGGCGCUAUGCCGAGAAGGCGAACUGUACCAUAAAGCACACUUACAACCGUAAGCAUACCACGAAGGUAAAAUAGCAAACAUUAGUGACCUUAUUCCUCUAUCUGGUCGGAGACGUUAUCAGUGUAGAAUAUUCCACAGCUACAUCAUAAUCCUAAGUGACUUUUAGAGGUAUGUGAACCUUGGCGUAAAUCUCAUUUUUCUUUUCUUUUGUAACUGU